CGGUCCCGCCAGGUCGGCCCGGGAGCCGUGGAGCGCGCAGGAUGCGCUGGGCGGCCGCGACCCUCCGCGGCAGAGCGAAGAGGCCCCGCGGGCGGGCUGGGGUCACCACGGCCGCCCCGGGGAACAGCACAGGCACCUGCACUCACCUGCAGCCGCCCCCGCAGGGCACCCUCCAGGUCCUUCGUGGUGAUGGCACAGCCGUGGGGACCGUGCUCGUGUUCCGCUGCCCCUCUGGCCACCAGAUGGUGGGGUCUAGCCUCCUCACCUGCACAUGGAAGGGGAGCCUCGCUGAGUGGUCUUCAGGGACCCCUUUGUGCAAGUCCGUGCCGCCACACGAGACCUUCGGCUUCAAGGUGGCGGUGAUCGCCUCCAUAGUGAGCUGCGCCAUCAUCCUGCUCAUGUCCAUGGCCUUCCUCACCUGCUGCCUCCUCAAGUGCGUGAAGAAGGGCGGGCAGCCACGCCCCGACAGGACGGCACAGCUGUGGCACCAGCUGAGAGGCGAGGACCUGGAGACCGUGCAGGCUGCGUACCUCAGCCUCAAGGGCCUCAACGCCAACAACAGCAAUGCAAGCGGCAGCAGCAAGCCCGGGAGCCGGCCCAGCCAGGCGCAUGACAACCACAGCUUCACAGACCAUGAGGAGAGCACUGGACAGCUGGCCGGUGUGACUCGCCGUGCGGACAAGGACCCCUGGACUUCUGGGCCCAGCGCUCACAGCCCAAACAGCGCCUGCAGCCCACCCCGGGCCCGGGUGCUGGUGCACACGGCCAGCCCAAAGCGGACCCUGCCUGCAGCCAGGCUGGCCACAAGAGUACCAAGACAGCCUGUGGUGUAUUCCCCAGGGUGACUGGCGCCGUGCCUGCCCUCCCUGAGCCAGACCCUGCCUCUACCGGGAGGGCCAGGCUGGCCCCACAGCCGGUCUCCCGGAACUCGCCUCCGUGUGUGUCUGGCUGGGAGCCGGCCGUGAAGUCGGAUCCCAGGCACAGGGACCCCGCGGGCCCAGCGGACACCAAAGGCAGGGCGGCAGGGCCCCAGUCAGCAGCAGUUCUGAGUUCUGAGCUCCAGACUGGGGAUGGACGCUGAGGCCCGCCCACGCAGCCGCCCCCAACCAGGUUCCUUGAUGAGACUGGGAGACGUUUUAAGCAAAUCUAGUUUUGUAAAGUAAGGCAACAGCAAUAAACUUUCCUGCAAGUACAA